ACUUUAGAUGUGGAAUUAAAAUCAAGAUUUGCCGAUAAAAAAAAAAAUAAAACCAAGUUUUUUGUGUAUAAUAAUAUGCCAUUAAAUCCAAAUCCAAAAAACUGUAGACUGUGAAGGAUAAGGGGCAGCAACAAAUAUAUGAUCCAAGCUCUGCCACCAGGAGGAGGAGAGACAUGGUGAGCCUCUUCAUCUGCAACUCUAAUCUACUCCCCAAAUCACCACCCCUACGCCUCCUUCAAACAAACCCUUUUCCUCCCUCCACACCCAAUUCCUCCUCUCUUCACUUCCACCACCGAAAGACCAGAGGGCUGUCUCUGGUAACACGAGGAGCUCCCGGCACUAGCACCUACAUCUUCGCAUUCUUCUUACCCCUCUCUCUCCUCGCCAUUACCGUCUUCACUUCCAUCCGAAUUGCCGAUAAGCUCGACAGAGACUUCCUCGAGGAGAUGGCAAUCAAUCAAGCAAUAAUGGAAGCAGAUGAAGAGGAUGGUGAUGCUGGCAUGCCUUUGGAGGAGAAGCCCUCACUUCCUCGAACCCGUAAUCGGCCGAAACGGGAAGCUGAGACUCCGAAACGGGAAGCUGAGACUUCAUCCAUGUAGUUAUCCUAUGUGACUUUGCAUAGGAUACGUUGCCCAAUUCCAUUGGAUGGAUAACAGUUCCGGAUCACUUGUAAUCUUCAACCAAUAUCAUAAUUCACAUUUUACUUGUAUUAUAGGUAUUAGGAUUCGCAUAUUUUAGGGAUUAUUUCCUUGUGGGUAUGACUCUUUGGUCGUACCCAGAUAUUUACAAUGUUAAUAUGAUGAGAUCGAACUCUCUGGUACUAAAUUAUAUAUCUUGGCAUAAAUAGCUUGAGUGGCAUGGCACUGGCUAUUCCAAUUGACGGAU